GUAUGCGUUGAAAUUCAACCAGAGAAAUUUAGGUAAUCAUUCUUCCUGGGAAUAAAGCACGGACACAGGACAUAAGACUGGAACUCAAACGCGGACUGAGGGGGGAAUUUGGGGACAGUCAUGGCGGGGCUUGGAGUGAAGAGGAGGAAAGCGGGGCUCCCUGGUUUUUGCUGGAAAACCUGCUACUUUCAUAUUUUAUUCUGGGUUGUCUCGGUCUGUGGUGAAGAGAAGACGUUCAUCGUUGAGACAUGGCUGAAGAACUAUGGCUACCUGCUCCCCCAUGACAUCCGGACGUCGGACCUGCGGUCAGAGAAAGCCAUGCAAUCGGCAGUCGCUGCCAUGCAGCGAUUCUAUGGCAUCCCAGUGACUGGAAUCCUGGAUCAGACCACCAUAGAGUGGAUGAGGAAACCUCGAUGUGGCGUACCUGACCACCCCCACAUCAGCCGGCGGAGGCGGAAUAAACGCUACGCCCUGACGGGACAGAAAUGGAGAGACAGAAAGAUCUCUUACAGCAUACACAACUUUACCCCUAAAGUGGGGGAGAAAGACACGCAGAGAGCCAUACGGCAGGCCUUUGACGUGUGGCAGACGGUGACCCCACUGACUUUCCAGGAGGUGGCCUACUCCGAGAUCAAGAACGAGGGGAAGGAGGCCGACAUCAUGAUCUUUUUUGCCUCUGGAUUCCAUGGUGAUAGCUCUCCAUUUGACGGAGAGGGGGGGUUCCUGGCUCACGCCUACUUCCCGGGCCCUGGGAUCGGAGGGGACACUCACUUUGAUUCGGACGAGCCCUGGACACUAGGCAACGCUAAUCAUGAUGGUAACGACCUUUUCUUGGUGGCGGUACAUGAGCUUGGGCACGCCUUGGGACUGGAGCAUUCGAAUGACCCCAGUGCCAUAAUGGCUCCCUUCUACCAAUACAUGGAGACACACAACUUCAAACUGCCCCUCGAUGACCUCCAGGGUAUCCAGAAAAUAUACGGUGUCCCUACAGCCAUGCUGGAGCCUACACGACCACUGCCCACCUUGCCCGCUCGCCGAAGUCACCCCACCUCAGAGAGGAAACAUGACCGUCAGUCCCGCCCGCCACGUCCGCCCUCCGGUGACAGGCCCUAUUUCCCCAAUGGCAAACCCAACAUCUGUGAUGGCAACUUCAACACCGUGGCCUUCUUCAGACGCGAGAUGUUUGUCUUCAAGGACCGAUGGUUCUGGCGACUGCGGAACAACGAGGUGCAGGAGGGCUACCCGAUGCAGAUUGAGCAGUUCUGGAAAGGUCUACCGCCCCGUAUCGACGCCGCCUACGAGAGAUCGGACGGCAAAUUUGUAUUCUUUAAGGGUGACAAGUACUGGGUAUUCAAAGAGGUGACUGCUGAGCCCGGGUACCCCCAGAGUCUGGUGGAGCUGGGUAACUGUCUCCCUAAGGACGGCAUUGACACAGCACUGCGCUGGGAGCCCGUGGGCAAAACCUACUUCUUCAAAGGGGACCAGUACUGGCGCUACAACGAGGAGAAACGCAUGGCCGACCCGGGCUACCCCAAACCCAUCACUGUGUGGAAGGGCAUCCCCAAGGCGCCGCAGGGAGCCUUCGUCAGCAGGGAGGGCUUUUAUACCUAUUUCUACAAAGGGAAGGACUACUGGAAGUUUGACAACCAGAAGCUGACCGUUGAGCCCGGCUACCCCAAGUCUAUUGUCAAUGACUGGAUGGGCUGCCACCAAUCAGACAUGGAGAAGAACAAAGACCGGCAGCUUCCCCACGAUGACGUGGACAUCAUGGUGACCAUCAAUGACGUGCACAGCACUGUCAACGCCAUCGCUGUGGUGAUUCCCUGCAUCCUGUCCCUGUGCAUCCUGGUCCUGGUCUAUACCAUCUUCCAGUUCAAAAACAAAGGGGUGCAACAGAACGCCACCUACUACAAACAUCCGGUCCAGGAGUGGGUAUGACAGGCUUAGGCAGCGCGCCGCCACUUACGAUACGAAACUGCGCUGAGAGGGCUACAAAAACUCUGAGCACCAUGUGACCAGUGCCUGUCUUGCACAAACCCUUUGCGAGAAGGGAAGGAGGGGAAUUAAGUUACUCCCUUUCAUCCACGGUCAAGGACCUCUAGAUGAACAUCGCCAAAAUUGAGUAUGUUGAAUAUUAGCAUGAGGCGAUUCAUAGGACGCUGGGAGGCUUUGAGGGUAAGGACAGAGCACAGCAAAUCCGAUUGCUCUGCCUUUUGCGCCUCGUCUAUCUGUUGUCCAUUCUUAUCUGGCUGUUUCAGUGGGGGUUGUCACACAUACUUUACCUCGAUGGGACUCCCAUACACUUUUUCUCAGGGGGAGAGAGAGGGGGAGCCUACCCGCACAUAGCCAGGUACCAGUAAUCUGUCCAGUAUCAACUUGUACAUGCACUUCAAGUAUUAUCAAGUCAAACAAGAUAUUUAAAGAAAAAAUUUAAACUUGAACAAAAAAUGUAGUAGAAAGGCCAUAGAAAAGAAUACCAAGGAUUUUUGUGGAUCAUUUAAUAUUUUCAGUUCGAGAGCUUGGAGUUAUCAAGAGGAGAAACUUUGUACAUCGCAAAUGAUAAAUGUCUUCAUAGCCAGACCUCUGCCUCUAGCGAUGGACUCACCUAAGCUAGAGGACUGAGAAUGUAAUUAUGUCUGCUGAAGGACCACCGCUAUACCAACAUCCCCCAGCACAGACUCCCUGCUCCUCUGCCUGGACCAAGGGGCGUAGGAGAGAGCGAGUUAGCAUUUAAAGACAUUGGUCACAGUUAUCUUUCUUAGAAUUAAACUUAGUUUUAUUUUUUAUUUUUUACAUGCCUCAAGGCGUAGAGGAGUACCUAUGGCUGUUUCCAUAGGCGAAGCAUGUCAGACCAACAUUGACUAGGCACAAUGAACUGCUGUUGAGGCAGCCUGAAUUCCACUCCAUACCCCUCUUCAUUCCUCCUUAUUUCUCUCACUUUCUCUCUUCCUCCAACUGUGUCGCUCUCUCUUUAUAUACAGUGCCCUCCGUAAUGACUGGGAAAAUGAAGCAUUUUUUCUUCUUUUGUCUCCUCUACACUCCAAAAGUUUGGAUUUGAAAUCAAACAAUGACUGAGGUUAAGGGGCAGACUGACAGCUUUACUUUGAGGGUGUUUUCAAUCAUAUCGGGUGAACGGUUAAGAACUUACAGCACUUUGUGUACAUAUUCCCCCCAUUUUAGGGCACCAAAAGUAUUGGGACAAAUUCAUAUGUAUUAAAGUAGUAAAAAGUUAAGUAUUUGGUCCCAUAUUCAUUACACACAAUGGCUACAUCAAGCUUGUGACUCUACACAUUUGAUGGAUGCAUUUUCUGUUUCUUUUGUUUGUGUCAUUUUGGAGUACGUUUUAUUGUAAAUAAGAAUAGAAUAUGUUUCUAGAAAGUUACAACGCACAAAUAUCAUACCCUCCCUAAAAAAAUGCUAACCCCCCUGUUAUUCUAAUGGCGAGAGGUUAGCAUGGCUUGGGGGGUAUGAUAUUUGUGCAUCUGUAACUUUCUCGCUUUUCAUUAUUCACGAUUCAUACCCUCAAAUUAAAGAUGACAGUCGUCUGCACUUUAACCUCAUAGUCAUUGUUUGAUUUCAAAUCCAAACUUUUGGAGUAUAGAGACAAACAAAAUUAAAAUGCUUCACUGUCCCAAUCAUUGCGGAGGGCAUUAUAUCUAACACCCUACAUUUCAUUGAAAUGCUGUCCUCGUGAUCUAAUUUACAGUUUUGUUUUUAACCUCGCUUUCAAUAGGAAAGAUGUACAAUGGGAAAGUGAUGUUUAAAAGAAAGAUCCAGGUAGAGUAUUUUUGCACUGGGGUGCAUUGGUACACUGGGGUAAUUACCACACUUUGUCUAUCUCUGUAGGACAGGUCAGGAUUUCCUGAGUUCAGCUGUUUCUUACCCUGAUAAAAACAAAUACACAGAUGACCCAUGAUAAAAGCAAAGUUAUUUCAUACGUUCCAUUAAUUUCCCUGUAUUUCUAUUCACUACUUUUGCUACAGUAGAGAAUUAUCAUGUAUUUUACAUUUACAUUUAAGUCAUUUAGCAGACGCUCUUAUCCAGAGCGACUUACAAAUUGGAUUCAUCUCACCCAGAUAAUAAUGUCAAUGCAGUUGCCAGGACUGAAACCAGAUAAUUUUUCCUGUACAGUAGGAAAUGCAAACGUAGUUUAUUUGAGGUUUUAAAAAGGCCUCUAAAGUUUGUAAUUUCCAGAAACAUCUACAAAAAUGUACUAUAAUCCACAUAAUUCCCAUUUCCCAUUGCUGCAAGAUUAUUAGCCUGCUGUAGCAAACUGGCUCAAAUUAAGAUCCAAGAUUAAGAUCUGUAUAGUCCUUGAUACUGUAUUUUCUGACUUAAUUCUGACCCCAAUGGGGUUUGGUACCACACAUCAAACAUGUAGUCUUUAGAUUUUUUUAUUGACUUAAAAAAAAAAAAAAAAAAUCUUUAUUUGUACUUUUAUUUGCUGUUGAAAUUAUGUAUUAUCAUUAGCGAAUAUCCCGCUCUGGUUGUAUGUAUCCUAUCGAGCUAGUAAAUUUAUAUACAUUUUUUGCAAUCACAAAUAUGAGGAAUCGGUUGAAAGGAGACUUGACUUUGCCAUUUUGUCAUUGCAUUGACAAUCUGUCAAAUUGUUCGUUGUUGUUGAAAAGUUUUGCUUAUUUAAAUGAUGAAACAUGA